UAGUGCUCCAAGUUCGAAAACUGGUGAAUCCGACAAUCAUUAGUCCCGCCCCUUCCACCCUGACCCGACACCGAGUCCCAGAAUCGGUAAAGUCAAGUUCAUAGACAGACGAAUGGCACCCAAUCAUCAUGACCUGGAAAGAAUACGCCAACAGAUCAUGUUGGCCAACAUUCAAGAGCUAAUCCAGAAGAUCUCACGGCGCUGUUUCAAUGCCUGUGUCGCUUUGCCUGGCUUGGAGUUGCGCUCCACGGAGCGUGAUUGCCUGACCACAUGCAUGGAUCGAUUCAUGGACUCGGUUCAGGUGGUGUCGUGCCAGUACUUUCAACGCCGGCGCCGCCAGCAGCAGUUCCGUUUGGCCAGAUUGGCCGCCGCUUCCGCCAAAACGUCUUCAACUGGCUUUAAGUCUGAAUCCUCAUCAAGUUCAUCCAGCAAGGAAAAGGAAAAAUUAUGAUUAUGGCCAUGUGUUGGAUUCUAUCCAAUCUGCAAACGGAGAAGUCUUUAGCCCAUUGCUUUGGCUCUUCGCCUCCUGACUCCACCUGGGGGAAUCACCCGAAGAUAAGGUCACUUAUCUUACAGCUCCCCUGAAAGCUUUAGAGGAUAAUUUCAUCCCUUUUUUUGCCUGGCCUACGGGCUAAAGGUAUUCUGGAGGUGGAGCAGCUGAGAGGAGGAGGAAGUGGAUUUGCUACUGGCGAGGCCGCCAAUGAUGUCUUCGUGUUGGUCCUUAGCAAAUCCUAGUAAAGUCAUCGGUAAAUGGAGAUUGACAGAUAAUAAAAAGAUGUCCUUUUUUCUUGUCGUACUAAA